CGUUUUGAUGACAUGUUAUUAUUUUUUUAUUAUAGCAAAACUCAGAGUCUCAGACAAUGGCAGAGUCAAAACGCUAGUUUUAUUCAUAAGUUGAGUCAGCCACGGAACGCAGCAUGCCAGAACACCCCAAACACCCAAACACAGCCAGGCAGGAAAUUUCAUCCCAUACAAAACAAUGCUUCUUCGACUUCUCUUGCUACUAUCCGUUCUUGGCUCGUCCUGGAUCGGAUGGGUCAAUUCACAUCAGGAAUCAGGUGAGUGGAGCUGCGAGUCCGACGAAGAGAUCAGAAUAGAAGCCGAGUUCAAGCCUGGAUUCAUCACCCUAGAUGGCCACGCCGAUGAUUGGAAAGACAUUGAUGGCUUGGAAUCCUCACUGCUUCCUGCUCUCGACCCCGAUGACGAUAAAAAAUACACAGGAGGAAAAAUGACCGUCAAGGCCUUGCAUGAUGGUAACAAUGUGUUUUUCUUGCUGCAAGUUGAUGGGAACUAUGCUUAUACAAAAGGUGAUAACAAGAAAUGCCCAUCAGUUGCUCUCAUGUUUCCGAUUGGCGAUGAAGCAACCUAUCACAAUAUGGGUGGCUGCAAGGAGGGAACUGGUACUUGCAAUAGGACGACUUGCAAAGGUCAUGAAGUUGAUAUUAUGCACUUCUCAAUCGGAAAUGCUAUCCCAGGACGACUCUAUGGUGGGAAUCCAUUAGACAACGGAGAUGGAAAUGGCGGUGACAGGUUUGGUCAUUUGGUUGAUCUCUAUUCUUGGAAUCCACACUGUAGAUACCUUGAUGGCACUGGUCCUUCAGGAAAUGAUUCUAGUGGCCAGAAUAACUGGAAGGGGGCAUGGUGGCACAGUAGCUUCAAUGUCUACUCAGGUUUUGUAGAGGAAGACAGUCCUUAUACAUCAGAUAGUCAGAAGGGAACGUAUUUCUUUGAAUUCUCUCGGCCUUUAAGAACCAUGGAUCGUCUCCAACAGGAUGCUCAGUUUACAAUUGGUGGAUCUAGCAAGAUGGCUGUCGCAUUCUGGUAUCCAGUUGACGGGAAUUCAUGGCAUGGAUCUGGUCACUAUUCUGUCAACUGUGUUUGGAUACCCCUGGACAUCUCCCCAGGCAGUUCUAUGUUGAAGACAUCUACAACAGGCAGCUCAGGAGAUGUUGCCAGUGCCUUUGCCCUUCUAUUUUCAGUUGUCUCCAUAUGUGUCUCUGUUUUUGUGGGAUAUAGAGCAGCAACUAGAUCCAGGAAUGAACCCUAUGAAACAGUGGUAAAUCUUUAGGCCAGCAAUGGGGCAACUUUGUCUGUACUUCGAUCACUACCGCAACUGUCUGUACUCCGAUCACUACCACAUCGAUAGAUUUUUUUUUUUUUAAUUUAUUAUAACUCAAUUGUUAGUUUAUUGAAACCUUUAUGAUGUGUUUUAUCA